GCCGCUUCCGGCGCCAUGGGCGUCCAGGGGCUCACGGGCUUCGUGGAGGAGCGCGGGGUGUUCUUCACCGAGCUGCGGGUGCGGGACACCAAGCUGGUCAUCGACGGCAGCAGCCUCUACCACCGCCUCUGCUUCGCGCCCGACGCCGACUUCCGACGCGGCGGCGACUACGGCGCCUUCGCCGCGGCCGUGCGCGACUUCUUCGGCGUCCUGCGGGCCUGCGGCGUCGCGCCCUUCGUGGUGCUGGACGGCGGGCGCGGCGCCGAGGACAGGAAGCUGCCCACGCUGCGGGGCCGCGCCGCCGAGCAGCUGCGGGCGGCCCACGGGCUGUCCCGCGGCGCCGGCGGCUGCCUGGUGCCGCUGCUGACCCGCGAGGCCUUCGUGCAGGCGCUGGGCCGGCUCGGCGUGCCCUUCGUGCAGUGCUUCGCCGAGGCCGACCGCGAGAUCGCCGGGCUGGCCAACCGCUGGGGCUGCCCCGUGCUCUCCCUCGACAGCGACUUCUUCGUGUUCGACCUGGCGGGCGGGUACUGCCCGCUGUCCCACUUCCAGUGGCAGAGCGUGCGCGCCGCCGCGGAGCCGCGGGGCUGCUACGUGCCCGCGCGCUGCUUCUCCGCCGACAGGUUCUGCCGGCACUUCGCGCCCCUGAGCAAGGCGCUGCUCCCGCUCUUUGCCGUCAUGAACGGCAACGACUUCAUCGGCCUGGAAGCGCUGGAGGCGUUCUUCAGCAAGGCCCGCCUGCCUCGGGGCUGCGCGGCGGGCAGGGGCGGGAGGCACCUACGCCUCCAGGGACUGCUGCACUGGCUGGCGCAGUUUACGGAGCCCGCCGAGGCCGUCGACAACGUGCUGAAAUACCUCAAGAAACACCAGAGGGAAGAAAUACGGGAGCUUCUUUGCACCUCAAUGGAGGAUUAUGCUCCGUCUGACGUGAAUCUUGAGGACUUCUUUCAGAAGGGGUGCUAUGAGUGCGAGGCUGCCAGGAAAGCAGACGUACCACAGUGGGUAUUCGAUGCUUUGGCAAAAGGUAAGCUGGCCCCGUUCGUCAUCAAUGCCCUGAUACUUAGAAGUACUUUCCUCCGCGUUCAGGUGGAGAACAUGCAGAGACCCAGUGCUCAUAGCGCAGCUUUGCCCAUCCGACAAGUUAUCUAUGGACUGCUUCUGAGAGUAUCUCACGGUGCUGAAGAUGCUUCUCCAAGUAAGCAGACCAACGAGCUGCCCAUUGUAUGUGAAUUUGACAGAUGCCAAAAGACACUUAAAAAAACAUUUGUUCAAGCAGCAAGCCUACCUUCAGAUUUUUGUGAUGAUCGUUUUCCUUUGGACAAGUUAAUGGAGGUGCCCUUGUCAUGCCGUCAGAUGCUUUUGCUGGAGACUCUGGGAGUGAAAAUGAGUUUCCUAGAACCUAUCCCAAGUCAUUUACAGCUCGCUGUUGCUGUGACUUGUUACUGGAUACGUUGUUCAGAACCAAAAGUUAAACUGAACCAAUUAAAGGCUCUGCUUCUAAUGAUAGUUUCUGGAGAACUGCAGAGGAUAACCGAUGAUCCAGAUCCCACAGUUUUACCUGCUGAAGAUGACAGCAUUGCAUAUAACGAAUUUCUAAAAUGGAAGGAAAAGAAAUUGCAAAAUAACGACUUUGAUUUAGAUGCUUCACACAGUUUUUGCCAGUGGCAGUGCUGUCUUCAGAUGGGAUUCUAUCUCAACCAGCUACUUGGUACUCCUCUCUCUGAGCCAGACCUAAGUAGGCUUUACACUGGGACACUUGUGCACAGACUGUAUCAAGAGCUUAAAUCAGCACCUUCGGUGGAAAACCUCUUUGUCUUUUCUCCAAAAAUGGCUCAGCUUUAUCUGGUUUUGUUAAAUACAGUGGAAUCAAUGGUAUCUCCAGACUUCUUUCAGAAGAUGACCAAGACCAGAUCAGAGUCCUGCAAAAAGAGGAAAGCAUCUAAUAAGAAAAAAGCAGCCAUCCGAUGUACUGUGCCAGAAACUCAGCAUUUAUGCAAUGUUAAUAGGUUUGCAUCACUGGAAGUAGAUGACUGAAAGCAUUAUUCUUGGAAUAAUUUCUAAUGCCAUGCUGAUGAAACAAGUAACAUUAAAAUAUGUGACUAUUGGAAUUUGCUCAACUGUUUUCACAAAAGUUCUUUACCAAAAAACCUUGCUUCAGGGGAUUUUUUUAAAUUUACCUUUUUGUAACUAACAUUUAUAUAAAAGAAAUGCUGUCUAAAA